CUUCACAACCCUCUUCAUUUUCCUGUGUUCUUUGGUUUCUCUCUGCUAGCUAAUUAGCUCGAGUAGACCCCAGAACAAUAUGAUUUCCAGGUUCAUGAGGAGGCCCUUCAAAUUGAUUAAAAACCUAGUCGAUAAGCAAAGCAUGAAUGAUAAGACCAAGAGUUCAAUGGCAGCUGUUGGGUUGGGACUUCUCCUUACACAGAUUUCACAAGGGAAGAAGUCGUCGAAUAUCGUUGUGAAACCUGCCUUGAGACUGAGAAUCAAACCCGCGGUUACGGAUGGCUACAGCUCCCUGCGUGAUCAGCAGCACUCGUGUUUUCUUAAAGCAUGCCAUUUAUGCAACAAGGGAUUGAGCCUUGAUAAAGAGGUCUAUAUGUACAGAGGGGAUAUCGGAUUUUGCAGCAUAGUCUGCCGAGACAGGCAGAUUGCUUUUGAUGAAAUAAGAGAACUAGAGGCUUCCACUAAGAAAAUGCUGGCAGCAUAUAGGCGCCGUUCUUGCAGAAGCAAGGUCUUAGAGGAUGUGCAUCAGCAACAAAAGCGAAUCCCUAGUCAGCGAACAAUAUUUGCUCUUUGACAUGAGCUUAGUUCAUGAAUCAAUUAGUACUUACUGGAACCGAUAUUUAAUUAGUUAGCUCAGUUACCAGUACCAAAUAAGAAAUUAAGGAAGAAGAUCUUGUUUGAGUUUUCAGGCGUAAGAUGUACUUUUCUUAAUUUCUGAGAAAGAAUACCCAGUUUCAUCUGUUAGGAGAUAA